AAGUAAUUUGACAGUUGGUGGGGUUCCAUAACCUAAAAAAUCGAGAUUUAAAAUGUAAAUAUGUAAAAACAAAAAUAUUUCUCUUAAGGUACACAGACAAUAAGUUUUUAUGAAGGAAAUCGAAUUUGAUUUUUAAACCAUUUUAAACUCAUAAGCACAAUGACUACACCCGUAGCGCUGUAUCAAUGCAGAUUAUGUUUAAAUAAAACUCCAACCAGAGUUAACAUAUUUGGUGGAGAUUUUCCCCGGAUGCUAGACCUAUUAACAUCCAUAAAGGUACAGGAAGACGAUGGCUUACCAAAAUAUAGUUGUACAAAAUGCGCAAAAGAAGUUCAGAUGGCUUUGAUGAUUAAGAAACGUAUUAUAAAAGCACACCAACUCCUAUUAGAAGCUCUAAAAAAGAAAAGGGCAAUAUUUCAAAAAGUCGUGAUAACCCCUACUGUUAAUAAAGUCGAACCUUCAGUACCAAAAAACACAAACAUCACUAAGCAAAAAGUAGUUUCUAAAAAAUCUAAACCAAUAAUAAAACAAAAUCGAACCCAACCAAAAUCAAAAUUAGUUGUCAACUCAAAUGAAGCAACCACAAAUGAAGAUACAUAUGAAGAAAGUGUAAAAUGUGAUAUAAAAACUGAAGGAGUAGAAAAAACAAAUCAACCAAACACAAUUAAAGAAGAAAAAGGAGCACUAGAUCAAGAUGUACAAGAGAUAGUUGACGGAGUCCAGAAACGUCUUGAGAAUACUGGCUUUACUUGUGAAAUAUGUAAUUUAAGUUUUCCACGUAAAUACUUGUUCAGGAUACACAACCGAAAACACGAAAAACGCAAGUGUAAUAUUUGCGGCCGAAUCAUGAGAAGAGACAACAUGAGGAAACAUGUCUUGAUGCAUACAGCAGAUCCAGCAGUUUGUUCUGUUUGUGGAGCCACGUUCAAAAAUUUUGAGGGUUUAAGAACUCACAACUUUCAUUACCACAAACAUACUGCCCAACAAUACAUUUGCGAAGAAUGUGGUAAAGGCUUUCGAAUGAAACAUAAAUUCUUAUUGCAUAAAAAAAAGGAUCAUAUGGGUCUAAAGAACUUCAAAUGCAGUAUUUGUGGAAAAGCUUUCUUUACCAAUAAAUCUUUAUUAAAACAUGGUCGAAUGACCCACGAAAAACAGAGACCUUAUGUUUGCGAAUAUUGUGGUACUGGCUUUUCGUCUAGUUAUGCUUUAAGAACUCAUAAAAGACAACAUACCAAUGAAAAACCGUUCGUUUGUGAGCACUGUUUCGAAGGGUUUAGACAGCGGGUUUCAUUACGAUCUCAUUUGAAAUCAAAGCAUGGAAUAGAGGAAGCCAAGGAAUUCAUUUGUAAAACUUGUGAGAAAUGUUUCGCUACAGAUCACGCUUUGAGUAUACAUCAAAGGUUACACGAAACUAAGAAGUGUGAAAUUUGUUCAGCAAAUUUUGCUGAAGAUGAAUAUCUGGCAAAACAUCUUAAAGAAGUUCAUCAAUUAGAAGUAGAAAUAAAACAAGAUAGUUAAAAUUAUUUUUGGUUUAUUAUGUGUCCAGUAUCUCUUGAAUUUUCCAUUUCUUUGUAUUAUUCGUAUGUGCCUUAUCUCUACGAGGUAGACAUAAUAUACAUAUAUGUAAUAAAAUAUUUGUAAUAUUUGGAAA